AUUCAAAAAAUACUCACAUACCAUUCUUUUUUUGGAUCUAUAAUAGUUGCAUAUGAUUCAUCGGGUAACAUAAUUAAUAAAUUAGGUUCGAUUGAUCAACCAUGGCAAAUCCAAGCAACUAUUAUUGGACAACCAAAUAUGGUUCUUAUUGGUGCUAUUGCCAAUUAUUCAAAUGGUCAUACACAAUUUACAUCAUUUGCGUUUCCAUAUAUGGGAACUUAUCAAGUUCAAUUUUCUUUCGUUUUAUCAAAUGGUCUUAGCAGUUCAUUUGUAACAACAAGUAGUUUAAUAAUAAAUUCACCAUCUGUAUCAGUGACUCGUGCAACAUUAUCAGGAACACAAAUAAAUCCAAUAUCUGUUGUAUCAAUUAAUGAAACAUUCAAUAUAUCAGUUGUUAUUGUUGAUAGGAUUUCUCUUUAUCCAAUUAGUAAUAUAACAUGGAGAAAUUUAAUUUGGUCUGCAAGUAUUUCACUCUAUGAACUAUCGGAAUAUAAUCCUCAAGGUUCAUUAAUUAAAAGUUCAUCAUCAAUGAUAAUUAUUGAUACAAAUACAGGAAUAAUAACAGGAACAAAUUUAGCUAUUAAUCAAACUGGAAUGUAUAUAUUGAAUAUUAUUGUAACAUCAUCGAAUGGAGAAUAUUCAUUUGAAAUUACAACAAGUGGAAUUUUAGUUAAACAAAGCGAUAGUACACUUAUAGUAGAUGUAGGUACUCCUGUAUCAUAUAUUCGAUUUACUGGUGAUUUUGAUAUGUUAAAUUCAACUGGAAUGUUAGAAAUAAAACGAGCAAUUAUUUAUAAUUAUUUAAUUAGUAUUCGAUUACCUAUUAUUAGUGAUUCAACUAUUUACAAAGGAAGUGUUAUGUCUUCAUUUGUCGUUGAUUCAGUACCAGAGAAUGCAUCCUAUGCUGUACAACAAGCGCAAUCUAAUAAUCAACCUAUAUCAGAUCUAGUGACGACAGAACUUGUUAUUAAUAGUCAGUCAUUUAUUAUUCCAUCUAGUGGAAGUUCGACAUCAAAAACAGGCUUAAUUGUUGGAGUUACUGUGGGUCUUGCCGCUGGAUUAGGUGUCAUACUUGCUGUAAUCUAUGCUUCUCAUAAAUUUAAUAAACGAUUUAAACAUCGUCGUUUAAUAAAUGAUACUGAAAUGAACAAUAGAUCAAAUGGCCCAGAAAAUGAUUCAUUAACUUCACCUGAAACAUCCGGAUUACAAUCAACACCAAUCAGCAAUCCUUCAUUACCAACGGAAACAACACGACUUCCAUCUGCUGUUAGUGUUACUACACUUAAUGUAACAGAAACAAUUAAAUCAAUGACUCCUGUUCAACAUAUUUGA